AUGGAACAAAGUGCAUCUUUUCAUCAAAUGCUUCUUGCUAAUUCCGAUUCGUUACAGAUACCGGAUGAAGUUGUGCAGGCAAUUAGAUGUGUGUUAGUCGUUCCUGCAAGUAAUGCAGAUCCAAAACCCGCUGCGAACAGACUCACAAAAGAUGAAAGAAGCAAUCCGGCAACAAGUACCCUCGAUUCAUUGAUGACAAUACAAAGGGAUGAUCCCAGCAUUUUGACUGUCAAAAAUCAACAGCUAGCCGCGCAAUGGCUGCAUCCUCGUCCAGACCUAAAUCUACAUACAGGACGACCUUCUACGUUUGGAAGAGAAGGCAGUCUCAUGAAAGAUAAAAACAGCUCUUGCAAGUGGGGAUGUCAACGUUUGAUUGUUAAACAUACUGUACACUACAUGACUAUGCACGGGCUGAGAACUCGCCAUGAAGUCAAGGAAAUCAGUCUUCUGAUUGACUUCAGAACGAGGAGGAGGCCAAACUAG